UGAGAUAGUACCAGACCAUAUUAUCUUCGGUGAUAGUGUCGUUCUAAGAUGCUAUGUUUCAGAAGAAAUUUGCGAUACAAUCAUACGGAAAGCUUGGGGUAUUGGCCCAAGCAAUAGCGUUAUCUGUAGUAAUGGAGAGUCGUAUAGGAAAAAUAAAUACAAGAUGAUUUCAAAUAACAUCAGUGGAAACUAUGACUUGGAAAUCUUUAGAUUUAAUGAAAAAGACAUGGAAAAUCUUUACACCUAUUCGUGUGGAGCUAAGACAUUUUCUAAACGCAUCGCAACAAAUGAUUAUUUAUACUAUCCAUCGUUAUUUUCUGCAUCAAAGGUACACAUUGAUAGAGGAAUCAUUAGAGGAAGUGUUAAAAUGGAAAAUGUUUUCCCAAUUCCCAAUUGUACUGUGAUUUCGGGGGAAAUUGUCCAGAAAGUUGUCUUUCAUGUCACUUCAGCUAAUUUUAAAUUUAAGUACAAAGAGAUACAUGCUAAGUACAUCAUUAACGCAGUAGGGAAAAUGUGUGACAACAAAGUUACUAUUGUUUGUCGUCUAGGACAAAAAACAUACGAGGUUGCGAGGAAGAUAAACAACAAUAUGCAUUGUAAAAGUAACUACAUUAUUCCUGUCCUGAUUGUAACCGGUGUCAUAAUCACAAUUGCUUUAAUAACUUGGAUGGUAUUCCAUCGAUAUAGAUGUAAUAUAACAUACAUUAAGAACAUCUGUAUAUGCAGAGGAAAAAUCUAAGCCAGCAGCGUUUAGAGAGUUGAACUUUGAAUAUACAAGGAAAGAUAUCAGCCGUCGUACUGUAGAUAUAAAAAAUGUAAAAAAAUGUGUACUCUUGUCUUUCUUUUUUGCUAAUUGCUUUAUCUAUAUACAUUAAGGUGUUUCUUUGAUACAUAUGACGUGUCUUUGUACCUUACGUCAUUGUGUAAUUGUGCUAUGGUACAUUUUUUGCAUUCUUUAGUUUCAGCUACUGUGGAUUCACUUAUUUUCGUGGGUACCAAUUUUCGUGGUUUGAGGAAAACUUACACAUUCGCGGAUAUUUGAUUUCGUGGUUUUGACAUAAUAUGCAAAUAUUCCUUUGUAAAACUUGUAAUUUGUUGAAUAUUUGAAUUCGUGCUUUUCCUGUUCCCAAGAUAUCCACGAACAUUAGUAUCCAACGAAUAUUAAUGAAUUCACAGUAAUAUGCUUUGUCUAUAUGCCUU